AGUCAGCGAACAACCGGACAGUGGACAUGCCGAACCGCUAGCGCACCUUAGGACCCUGCCUGUGUUUUCUCCUGAGUACAUGGAAGAGCACGGUGUUAUGACGGGGUAGCAUGUUUACAACCGAACCUGUCUUUUGGAAACCGAGUCGCAGAAAUCACUGUAAAAAAAAUAAAAAACCAGCUGACUAGAAAUAGUUGAACCAGCCGGGUCCGACAGCCAGCGUGUGGGAAUGGCAGCUCCCCGGCCGAUAAAAGGCAUCCUGAAAAACAAGAACAGCGGGACAAACGUGAAAUCGCUGUCCGAAGACGUGCCGGCGGAGAUCCCUGAACAAGCCCCGGGACUCUCGGAGGAAGACCAACAGAAGAAAUCCCAGAAAUGGGAUGAGAUGAACAUCCUGGCCACAUACCAUCCAGCCGACAAAGACUAUGGCCUGAUGAAGAUCGAUGAACCCAGCACACCUUACAACAGGAUGGUGGGGGAUGACGAUGAUGAGGGGGCGCUGAGUGACUCGGACGGCCACAGCGGACUUGCAGCUGAUGACCUUGCUUCGAAGCUGGUGGCAGCAGAGGGUUCAGAACCUCGCUUCAUGAAGGAAGAAGAAGAAGAUGAAGAGAGCAGUGAGGAGGAGGAAGAGGAACUGAGUCCUGAAGAACAAGCCAAAAAGACGCAUUUUCAGAUGAUGAGGAAGAUGCACUACAACGAGGGCAUGAACAUCAAGCUGGCCCGCCAGCUCAUUGCCAGCGAGCUAGAAGAGGACGAAGAUGCAGACGAAGAGAUGAGGGACGAAACGGAAGAGACAAGGGAGGACGCAGAGGAGACGGAGGAGAUCAGUGUUGACCCGCCACAGGAAGCUGAUUCUCUGGACUCGUAGAUGAGGCCUGUCUCCCACCUUCAGCCCUGUGUGUCGGCUCAGGACGCGCGAAUGCCGCUGCGCUCUGUGUUUUAACGCUGGGCCGUACAGCAGUAACCGCUUCACCACCCCAUAUAACAACCCUCAACAGCCAAUAACCUCCCGGUCACCUGUCUGUCUCUACUAUUCCUUAGAACUGUGCAAUAUAACCUUCAAACACACUGGUUGUUAACUCCCAGAAUCAGUAAAAAAAAACACAAGUGAAGACUGUUGCUCCUGCCUCCUCCUCCUCCUCCUCCUCCUCCUCCUCCUCCCUCCCCCCUCCUGUUGCCAAGAAUUCCCCGACUUCCCGCCUCCUCUGGACUGGCUUCGCACUGAAGAAUAUGUGAUUCUGACCCUGUAAGGAGGAUCAAGGCCUUUUUAAGAAAACAAAAAAAAAACUGCUGGAUAACCAGGACUCCUGUCUUGCCGCUCCACAGGCUCCAGGCCACAGAGCCAGUACGUCAGCCCUGGAGGAAGCUAGGGGAAACCCCAUGGCCUCACUAAAGGCAUAUCUGAGACAUGACGACGGCGCUUAUACUGGGUUGACUUCAGACAGCUUUUAUUUCUGCUUUGCUUUGUGACCCACCACUCUGUUGCAUUUCCUUUCCUCCUUCAGAACGUUUUGUGGUAAAAGUUGGACACCGUGAUGACCAGUUAGGUUGUUUUCUUUGUUUUUGUCCCUAGUAGUUUACCUGGUAACUUAGGUUACACUAUUCAUAUUGACAUAAUGUUGUUAUGAUCAUUUAGGAGCUAUAUAUUAGUCUAAUAGUACAAGACAACGCAACCUACAUAAUCUAAAUUUCAUUAUAGAAAAGAAAAUCUAAAUUUUAAAUCCUACAACCAACAUUACAUACUGUUAACUGACAUGUAUGCUUUGAUGCUUGCAGUCAACUGUAUGGCUUUUUGCUUAAGAGCAAGUAAAAACAACACAGAUUGUGAGUAUUGGCACUUUGCUCCAGGACCUCUCAUUUACGUUCUGUCACAAGCAAGAACACCACACAAAACCUCAGUUCAAACUGUGGAAAUAAAAAAAAACAUGUAUACCUCA